CAUUUCUAAAUGAGACUCGAACUAAAUUCCAAUAUAAACGAGCUGUCAAACGAAUGAAUCUGUUACUAGAACCUGGGCGAAGCUUACGUAGAGAUUGCGGGACAUCGACUUAUUUGGCACUAGAGUCAGUCAGAAAAGAUUAUUUCACACCAAAGGGAGGCGAUCGUGACGAUAAACCGAAUAUAUUAUUUGUUUUGAGUGACGGUGUUACUGUUCCAGUUGAAAAUCAAAACCUCACAUUUUUGGAAGCUGGGAAUUUAAAGAAAAUGAACCUAUUGACUUUUGUAAUGGGAAUGCCAAAUCAGCGACAAGUUGAAUUGAAUAAACGCAAUGUUUACAUAGGAGAUGAGGAAUGGAUUGCCAUCGCUUCAACGCCAGAAAAUGUUUUUAAAAUGGAAUUUAAAACACUUACACGGAAGAUUGCAUUCCUUGCAGAUCAAGUGUGCACUGUAGAGAAUUAAAGUCGUCGACGAAGAUGUGUACUUGGAUCAGUGAUGACAUUGUAAGACUGGUUAUCCGACAAUAUAUCACGAACAAGAAUUAAUUGUAUAAACGUCACCUAGUAUUUUCUCUAAGGAAAAUAUUGACUAAAAGAUAAUUUAGACAUUAAAG